AUGAAAAAGUAAUUUCAAUUCUUAAAGAAAAAUAAAGAUUGGCAAUAAGAAUUUUAAGAUAUUGAUGAUUAAGUAGUUCUCGAAAAAAUUCAAUUGCCUCCUUCUGAAGAUGAAGAAUAACCAAUUUAAUAAAAAGAAUAAGUGAAACAGGAGGAUUAAUAAAAAGUUAAUGAAAUUGAAAUAGUUGAAGAAAAAGAAAUAAUAAAUGAAAAAUCUAAUGAGAAAUAAAAAAAAAUUGAAUGGUUAGAUUCAGAUAUUGAAGGAAUAGAUGAUAUAGAUGAUGAUGAAGAAUAAAUUGAUGAUGAUAUUAAUGAAAUUGAUCAUGAUUAAAAAACUAUUUUUGUAUAAGGACUUCCAUUAAAAAUAAGUGAUAAAGAGAUUGUUGAUUUCUUUUCAUAAUUCGGUACAAUUGUAUCAAUAGAAAUACCACGUAAUGAAGGAUCUUAAUUUACUAAGCGAAGAGCAUUUAUUGAAUAUAGUACAUUAAAUGAAGCAUAAAGUGUAACUAAGCUUGAUUUAGAAUUAAAGACAUGUACUCUAAAAAUUAGAAUUGGUCUUUAACAAAAAGAAUAGGAUAAUCAAGUAGAGAAAAAUGAAAAAAAAAAUAGAAGCAGAAGUAGGAGUAGAAGUUUAUCAAAAUGAAAUUAAC